AUGGCCGACAUCCUAACCCAGCUCCAAACCUGCCUCGACCAGCUAGCAACCCAAUUCUACGCAACCCUAGGCUACCUAACAACCUACCACGACAAUUCCCCAGCAAUCCAACCCCAAGUCCCCGACGCCGCCCCCGCCCUCGCAAAAAUCACCAAGAACUCCACCGCCCACCCCGUCCCAGCAAACGUCGCAUCGCAAUCCCAAGGUCAAGCCUCACCACCACCUCCUGGCCAAACAGGCGGCGGAUCUGCAGCUCCGGAAACACCAGGUGGUAAAGGAGAUGGCGGUGCCGGUGGUGUGGGAGGAGGAGGUCUGAACGAUCCACUUGCUCCGGCGCCAGAUCUGCCAAGCACGUUUGCGAGUCGGCAGAGGGAGUUAGCGAGGGAUUUAAUUAUCAAGGAGCAGCAGAUUGAGUAUUUGAUUUCUGUGUUGCCGGGGAUUGGGUCGUCGGAGAAAGAGCAAGAGAUUAGGCUUAAGGAGUUGGAGGGGGAGUUGAGGACAGUUGAGGAGGAGAGGGAACGGAAAGUUAGGGAGCUAAGGGGGUUGAGGAGGAAGUUGGAGGGUGUUUUGGGGGGUGUUGAGAUGGGGAUUUAUGGUGAGAGGUGA